CAAGCAACGAAUACGAGUGGUUCUUCUGCGAUGAAAACAACCAGUGGAUAAAGUAUGGCCAAAUUAGUUCUGGAAAUGAUACGAAUUGCGUUCCUACCCAAGGUUCUGACGACAUCGAAAAGCAUUACAAGACUAAGCCUGGCCAGGUGAUGACAAUCAAGAGCCGACAGCAAACGUACGUGUUGGACCUAACGACCAUGACGCAAACCAACGUGAGAACAAGAGUUCAGCGACCCAUGAGGCGCAAAGUACGAGAAGUACGCAGGCAAAAGCAGUUCGGACCCAUGGCAGGUGGGUCGCAUGGUUCAUCAUCUACGUCAGCAUCAACAACGUUGUUCACUGAAAUCCCCUUUGGACAAACGAGUUACGCGACACCCAUUCGAGCAAACCAUGCCGAGUACGGCAAAGUUCUGUCACUGCUGAGGUCCACAAAUUGUCAACCCCGCAACAUCUUCAAAGUGAAAAACCCCCACCUCAAAGCAGCGUUUGAUAUCAAGAAGGCUCAACUUCAGAGCCAAUAUCCAGGUGUUCGGUACAGGGAAGAGUACCUCUUUCACGGAACGAAUUCUGUCAACGUCAAAGCCAUUCUUGAAGAAAACAUUGACUGGAGACUUCAUGGAUCCAAUGCAGGACAAAAUCAGGGAAGAGGAGCAUAUUUCUCUAACAAUGCACAAUUUUCUCGCGGCUACGGGGAAGUCAUCUUCAUCUGCAAGGUGCUCGUGGGUCUCACCGCCCCCGGCAACGCCCAGACCGUCAAGCCUCCAAAAGACGGGUACGUCCCUCCUACGUAG